AAUAUUCUUUGAAAUGACUUUUAAAAAAAAUCGUUUUCCUUUAUCAAUUUAAAAUUAAAGAAAUAAACGACGUCACGUUUUUCAGUGUAUGGGUAUUAAUUUAUGUGUGAGCUAUACGCAAAACAUGUGACGCAUGAAGUCGCACUAAUUCACCAAAUACUCAGAUUAGUAUUCAAUUUAAAUAAAUAUGUAAAUAUGCUGUGAAAAUCUGAAAAUACAUCGAUUAAGAAAUACACUUGCUCGUGUAGAAUUAAACAGUGCACGGUUACCUCUUUUUGUGACGGCUGAAACACCGGUAUUCAACCUCGUGUUUUCCCCGUGUGCGCGCGAUCUUUCCGGCUUGUUCUAUUUUCUCAGUAACAUAACGGCUGUUUGUUUUUAUAUUGUCAAUUGCUGGACGAAAAUUGUUCAAAACUAUGAACGUUGUUUACGAAAAGACGCUUGGGAUAAUCACCCCAAAACUGAUUUCCAGGACUUCCGAAAUCGAAUGGAUGAUUAAAUCCAGCGGCCUGGCCAUUUUGAAGAAAAAAAUCGUCCUUUUGCGAAGAGACCAAGCUCAGCGUUUUUUCUACAUUAGCGGAGGUAAAGAAGGAAAGCAUGACCCUUCGACUUUAGAACUCGAAAAAGCCAAUUUCGACGAUGAUGAUGUGGAACGAGAUCUAAAAGCCUUCAUCUAUUCGAUGACCACUGGUCAUAGUGAAGUAUUGAUCAUAGCAGGAUUCGACGCCGUGUCCAGAUGGUUGGAGCUCAUUGGUCAAGCUAAUACAGGACGAGAGCAAGCCAAUUGCAUUAACGUUUUGUUCGGCAAUGGUGUACUCGGUAGUAAAAACGUUCGAACAGCUAGUAGAGAAAUUCGAUUUUUCUUCCCAGACACUCAAUUUGAGGCUGAAUUAAGCCUUGGUAGUGCCAGGGAGUACCUGUCGGAGACUGUAAACCCACAUCUUCUAAAAGGUCUCGUUAUCUUGUGUAAGGAAAAGCCGCAAAUUCCUGUUCUUUGGUUGGCGCGGUGGCUUCUAAAAAAUCGCCCUUACGAGUACUGAACUUGCCAUUUAAGCUUUUCUCGAGAAUAAAAUUCUUUAAAUUGGAUCGCUUCUUAUUUUCUUUCAACUUUAUUUUUUGUUCACUCAAUCACAUUAAAUAACUUAUUUUCAGUAUAAGGAUUUUAAUUAUGAAGUAGAAAAGUUAUUUAUUUAAUUUUUGAUGUGUUUGUCGUGAAAAUGAUAUAGUCGCUAAUUGCCUUAAAAUGUAUUGAAGAAGCUAUGUCUU